AUGAUCGAAGAGGUGCAGAGCUUACUGGACGAGUUUGAGGCGAAGGCCACAUUCUUCCUCUGCACAGAUUUCGUCCCCAGCCACGUGGAGGCCCUCAGGCGGCUUGUAUGCGACGGGCACGAGGUCGCCAAUCACUGCCGUGCCGACCGGUCGUACGCAGAGGACGAGGAGGCGGACUUCGAGGUCGCGUUCCUGGAAGCCGAGCGCGUGUGCGAGGAAGUGCGGGCGCCCGCACGGCGGGGUGAUGGCCGGGAAGCCUCCGCGCCGAGCAACGGCCCAGCGAUCCGGUGGUUCCGGGCGCCACAGGGAAAUCUGAGCAAUUCGAUGAAGAAUGUCGUCAACAGGCACGGGUUCACGCACGUGCUCUGCGACUGCUACGCCAACGACCCGUGGAUCUCUGACGCCGAGUUCAUCGCCGAGACCAUGCUGUCGCUCGCGUCGGACGGCUCGAUCGCGGUGAUCCACAUGCCCGAGCGAGGCUUCCGCGAGUACAACCUCCGCGCGAUGAGGGACUUCCUCGGGGGGCUGAGGUCGCGCGGCUUCCAGGUCGUGACGCUGAGUGCCCUGCACCGUGCAGCGUGCUCGCAGCCGCGCACGGCUGUCAGCAGCGCGGCCGCCCUGGCCGCCGUGGCGGAGCCCGCCGCGGGCGGCGCGGAGAGCGAGUCCAGGAACCGCUCUUCGGGUAGCUGCGGCUCGGGCUCUGGCUCCACUUGCGCCUCGGCAUCGGCCCCUCCCUCGUCCUCCAGCCCCUCCCCCUCCGCCCCCCCGUCUUCACUCCAGUGA